UGUCAACUGUCGUUAGUUGUCAAAAUAGUGUAUCAAAACGAAAAUUGUUUAAAAUUAUAAAUAUGUUGUAUUUAGAAGAUUAUUUGGAAAUGAUCGAACAUUUACCUCAAGAAUUACGAGAUAGAUUUACAGAUAUGCGUGAAAUGGAUUUAACGAUACACAAUAAUAUGGAUGAAUUAGAGAAAAGAGUUAAAAAUUUCUUCAACGAAUGUAAAAAAUACCCCAACGAUUUACCGCAAGCAGUAGACGCGGAGUUUCAAGCUAUACGAAAGGAAUAUUAUAAAACUUUGGAAGAAGCCGAUGAGAAAGUACAUCUAGCGAGUCAAAUGUAUGAUUUAGUGGACAAAUAUUUACGCCGAUUAGAUUCGGAAUUGCACAAAUUCAAAUGCGAAUUAGAAGCCGAUAAUAAAGGUAUAACGGAAGUUUUAGAAAAGAGAUCGUUGGAAUUGGAUACCCCGAACAGUUCGCCGAGCAUAUCGUCAUUUCAACAAAAAGAAAACCGAUACGACAGCUCUUACAGAUAUUCCAGACCGCGGGCCGAAAAACGCCGAGACAGCAACAACGUGGCCGUACCAGCACAAUUGGCUGAAAAACGACAAGCGGUUACACCGGCGGUACCACUAAUCGAACCCAGACAACCAACUAAUCAAGUUCAAACCCCCACGACCACCCCGGCGAUACAGUAUGGAUUGGGACACACUUUGGGAGCCGGUCCGGCGAUAGCGGCGGCCGCUUCGCAAGCGAUAGCCGCUACCCAACAGAUGCAGCAGGGUAGGAGGACGGCGAGUUUGAAGGCUUCCUACGAGGCCAUCAAUACCGGCGGGCACGGUCACGAGUUCGGUAUAGGGAGGGAGUUGGCGGGGGCGGCUCAGACCGCCAUUCAAGCCAUACAACAGGAUCACGUCAAUAAUAAAAAGAAGCACAAGAAAUGGAGCGCGGGUGGUACCUCUUCGGGUUCGUCGUCGGCUAGCACGGUACCAGCGGCGGUGGCGGCGGUACCGACGCCGGAAUCGCCCAACGUCGAUUCGAAUUCCCAGAACGCCGACGUCGCCGACGGGGAGUGGAGCUACGAUCCCAACGAGCCGAGGUACUGUCUCUGCAAUCAAGUCUCCUACGGCGAUAUGGUGGCCUGCGAUAACCAGGACUGCCCAUCGGAAUGGUUCCAUUAUCCUUGCGUCGGGAUAACGGCGCCUCCGAAAGGCAAAUGGUAUUGUCCUCAGUGUACGGCCUCGAUGAAACGGCGCGGCGGCAGGAAGAAUUAGAAUAACUAUUUUUUGUUUUUCCGGUUAUUAAAUGUGGUUUCGAACGUAAUUUUGAUUCACUUAUGAAUUUUUCUCAUCUUUUUCCGUUUGUUACCUCUUAUUUAAACAUCCUACCCCUUAUUUACACCUUUGCACCCAUUUUUUCGAAUAUUAAAAGUGGUUUCGAACGUA